CCUCGCUCACACUGGCUAUAAAAGGUUGAGGAUAGCAGGUUCUUCGGUACCUCCUCCAGCUGAGCUGUGUCUGCAGUGGAACCAGAGGAUCGUCUUAACGAUGAGGGCAUUCAUCCAGACCUUCACCAUCUGCCUGGCUCUCUCUCUCUGCCUGGCAGAUAGCGUGGAUCAUCACCACCAUUCUGAAGAUGAACAUGACCACCAUUUACACGAUCAGCAUCACAAACACUUUGAUCGCUGCAAGGAAUUAGUGUUUGAUGCUGCACUUGAGGAUGAGAAUGGGGUUCACUACUUCUUUAAGGAUGAUCAUGUGUUUAAGGGGUUCCAUGGUGAAGGUGAACUUACAAAUCAGACCUUCCCUGAGUUGGAUGAUCAUCUUCUGGGACAUGUGGAUGCAGCAUUCCACUUGCCAUCUGAGGACAGUCCUGACCGCCAUGAGCAUCUGUAUUUCUUCCUGGAUGACAAGGUUUUCAGCUAUGAAAAUCACAAGCUGACUGAAGGAUAUCCAAAAGUCAUCUCUGAGGUAUUCCCUGGUAUUCCGGGUCAUUUGGAUGCUGCAGUUGAGUGCCACAAACCUGACUGUCCCAAUAACACUAUUGUCUUUUUCAAGGGUCAUGAAAUCUACCACUUUGACAUUGACACCAAGGAGGUCCAUGAGAAAGAAUUCAAAAGCAUGCCCAACUGCUCUGCUGCCUUCCGCUAUGCGGGAAAAUAUUACUGUCUCCAUGGCCACGACUUCUCCAAGUUCGACCCCAAUACUGGGGAAGUUCAUGGGAAAUAUCCAAAAGAGGCCCGUGAAUACUUCAUGAGUUGUCCCAGUUAUGGUGAGAAGACUGAGGCAGAGAACAUUGAGAGAGAGCAGUGCAGCCAUGUGCACCUGGAUGCCGUCGCUGAGGAUGAUGAUCAUGAUCUAUUUGCUUUCAGAGGCCACCAUUUUCUCAGUAAAAUUGAUGGACAAUAUCAUGCUGGCACUAUUACGAGUGCCUUUAAAGGACUGCCGAGUAAUAUUGAUGCUGCGUUUGCCCAUGAAAAUCACAUACACAUCAUCAAGGGUGACCAACUGUAUGUCUAUAAUAUAUCACACAAACAUGGAGAGGCUCACGAACUCCGAGAUGGUUACCCCAAAAGUGUGAAGGAGGGAUUGGGGCUUGAGGGUCAUAUAGAUGCUGCCUUCAUUUGUCCCAAGGAAACAAUUGUUCAUGUCAUCGAAGGUAAUAAAAUAUAUGAUGUGGACCUGGGGGUUGAGCCACAUACCCAUACAGAGGCAAAAUCUAUCCCAUAUAAGCAUGUUGAUGCUGUCCUGUGUGGAGCAGAAGGUGUGUCAGUAAUCAUUGAUGACAAUUUCUACCACUAUGACAGCCUUCUUAUAUUCAUUGGUGGGAGGAUACUGCCCCCGAAGCAAGAUGUGAACACGAAGCUUCUCGGCUGUGACCAUCAUGUGUGAGCGUCAGAGAGAAGAUAACACCACAACUAAAGGAGGACCACAAACCUUUCAUCCUCUAAAUAAUGCAAAGUUAAAACCUAAAACAGGCUCUAAUGGUGUUCCUCUGACUUAUCACUCUGGCCUUGAAUGCAUUUUCCUACCUCUGGUGCUCUGUUUAACUAAGCCUGAAUUUUAUUCCACAAUAUGCAACUUAAGCUAUGUCUUUUUUUUUUUUUGACCACUGUGCAGAGUGCCAUUUCAAAUAGCUGCAUCCAUACAACAAGGCUAUGAUGUCUCUGUCAGUGCUGUUUGUGAACAUCGAGAACCACCUGUGCACUUUGUGGCUGAUGAAUAAACUAAAGUAAAAAUCA